CAGUCUUGUGGCACCUUUCGAUCGAACCAGUCGUGUUUUGUUUUGCGGGCUUCGGAUUUUUGUUUUUUUUUUCGUUCUCGUUGAUUUGUUUAUCCAGUGCGGAGGUUCGUCGCUUGUGUUGCAGUUUCGGCUUUUGCAAAACCAAAUCUCUCAAAGUUGGCUCAGGCGUGUUGGUUCCCACACAAACAGGUCGAGUGAGUUAUUUAUUUUUACACACUACUAAUUCAAAAACUCCAAGUGAAACGGUAGCGCGAGCGAACGAGGUGAAAUCACUGAUUUAGGAGGAGCACACAGAUCGAUACGAUUGAUAAGAAAGAAGAUCAUCUCGCACUCUUUCGAUGAAACUGCCCGCUGAGAAGAGCGGCUCGUAAUCUUGGCCAUUUCGAUCGACAAGCUUGCGAUCGUGAAGAAAUUGAAGUUUGUUGUUUGGUCGUGUGGCUUAUCGUGUUUGGGAAGGAGGUAAAUAAAUUAGAGAGAAAAAAAAUAGAAAAGAGGAAACCUGACCAGUUGGACACCUGGAAGGAAAAAAUGGUGACUUACCAGUGACAUUUAUUUUCGAAAAGACGACGCCCGCUGAAUGUUGAUUAGGAGGGCGUGAACCUUUCUGGUCGAGAGACUUGGAUGCGAAUCAGGCGACAGUGCUGCUCGCCGAGAAGUGAAUUAAUCAACAGACGAUCGAUCGGUGGCCACCAAACAGGUUCCGUCACGGCAGGUCUCUUCCAUGGAAGAAGAAAAAAAGUGAACCGUGAAUUUCCAGCGAAUCGAAUCCUCAAUCGAGCGAAGAGUUUAACAAUCGAAAUAAUCAAUCGCAGCAUCGAAAACAUGCCAAAGAAAAUGUGUUGAAUAAGGAUUACGAAUAAAGUUUAAUUUUUGUUUCAAAUUUUAGCGAAGGAAAAGAAUAUAAAAUCAGUGAUCAAUUUGAGUUGUGACGAGCCACAAAACCAGUGAAGUGAAGAUAAUGAGCAUUUGAAGGAAGAAGAGUACGUAAAAAGUGGCCAGUUUAGUGGUUCGAGAGUCUAAUGAACCAAAUCGGUGAAGAACCGGUGAAGUGAGGACGGUGCCAAGUGCCAAACGAGGGGUCUCCGGCAGCGAUCGAUGAGCCACGACGAGGAAAGGACAUUUCGGCUCCGCUUGGCACCGCUGCUGGCAGGAUGGGAUAUUUUUCCAAGCGGAACAUCUUCAUCUAUUGCUGUAUUUCGGCGUGCUUGUCACUGAUCACCUACCUGGUGGCGUUUUCCUGCGAGGUCUCGUGGAUACUGGAGGCCAAGGGUACCCUGCCGAUUCCGUCGUAUCUUCUGUGUGCCGAGUACUUUAUCCUGUUUAUCUCAUCAGCGAUUCUCAUCCAUGGACUGUCGACGGGAAUCUCGUGGGGUUUGCUCAGCUGGUCAAUCAUCAUUGGGGUGCUGUCGGUGCCGGAGCUGGCGCUUGUCAUGUACAUGACUAUUCAGUAUUGGGGUUUGCAGUCAGCGCACGGACUAACGGAAUUAAUAGGUUAUUUAGUACGUUUAAUAGUCAACUGCUUGGCACUUCUUUGUGUCAUCCCGACUGCUCUGAGAUGGCGCCAGGAGAAGAAGGUCCUCUCGCAGCUGGAAUCACUCGCGUCACGUCUCCAGCUGACGACCCCGACACCGACCACGCCGUUUAACGGAACAACGGUGGGGGCACCCCUCACCACCAACGGACUGAACUCGCUGCGGGCGAGCAAACGCAGCCAGAUGAGCCGCCGACCGUCGACCGGGUUUGACAACCCGGGCUACGUUCCUGGCGUUGAGACCAACUCGGUGGACAUUGUGCAGCAGUACACGGCGUAUAACAAUCUGUACGGGUCUCAGAGCGAGUUCAACGCUAGUAUAUUCGGUUUGAACCCGUCGCAAUACAUUGGACCUCCGCCGCCGGCGCUUGGUCCGGAGUGCAAAAAGACGCAAUCGCUGCUGGAUCUUCGAUUCAUUUUUCCGCCCAAAUUUCUAGGAUCUAGCAACAAUAACAACAACAUCGAGAAGAAAGCUCCAGCCAAAGAGGGAAAGGGAACGGAUGAGACGGAUAGCAGUAGCGUGUUGAACAACAACCUCAAGAACAAGAUCAACAACAAGCUCAAUGAAAGUGGAAAGGGCAUCAAAGACAGCAACAGUGUGAUCGAGAUGAAUACCGACCCGACGUCGGGUGCGGUCAACGAUCCGAUCUACUACACGAUCGAGUCCAACAAAACCAGCAAGAUCCUUGGCCGGAACUGCGUUUCGCUGGAGAACCUCGGCAACAUCACCCUGUCCGAGUCACCACUGCCAUACAAGAAGAACGACUUUGCUCAGUAUCGGUACGGGAACAACCUGCUCAAGAACUACGCGCUCAAUCCGUGGAACGUGAUCGCGUACAACCCGGCUUACAGCGCGUACCCACCGGCGUACUUCCACUACGCCCACCAAAUGCACCCGUACCACAUGUACCACAUGCACCACAACAACUUCCCACCGGCGGCAGGCACUCCCGGCGGAAUGGCCAACGGAGGAGGUGGUGGUGGCUACUUUGCCGCACCUCAUCACGCGAUGCACGGAGGAGGCGGUCAUCACAUGCACCACGGCAUGGGACCAGGAGGUGGAGGGAUGGCGGCACCGUACAGUGCGACCCACUCGACGCUCAGCUAUGGGUACAGCAACGCGUACCUCAACAGUGCAAACAACAGCCGGCAGUCGUUGGGCAACGAGUCGGACGACUUCCGGAAGUACCGGGAUGUGGCGCUGUGAGGGAGAGGAGGAGGAGAAGGGGGCCGGGACCGGGAAAUGUGCAUAGACGAGAGAGUUGUUUUACGAGAUAAUAUAUUUAUUUAGUGGUUAGGAGACGCGAUAGUGUUACAAAUGUAGGGCGGUGAAGCGAAGAAAUAAUACUCGAAAAUAAAAUUGAAGAAACAGAAGUGGUGCAACGAGGACAUCACGUAUAAGUAGACAAAGAAUCAAUAGUGUCACAGUUACCUUGUAAAACCUAAGAACAAUACACUGUAUAGAGACAAAGACAAUAAAAUGCAACGAAACAUAA